AUGCUCAACACGCUCCCCAAACCAACACGCGACCUGAUCGAACUGGCAAAAGAGGAAAAGAGUUUUACAUUCAAUCACUUUACGUGCGAACAUGCGUGGGUCAUUGGGAACAUCCUCCGAAACGCGUUAAGAACCGCCGAAUGCCCCGCGCUUAUUCAGAUCUCAUCUGCGAAUCAGACGCUGUUUCACUCGCCCAGUCUGCCUGGCAUAAUGCCCGAUCAUGAGAAGUGGUCGGAGAGGAAGCGCAAUACUGUACUAAGAUGGGGACAUUCUACAUGGUUCAUGAGUGUUCAGUCAGAAGGAGAUUAUAAGAGGUUCGCCGAGCACAACGCUAUGAGCGGAGAUGAGUGGUCCAAAUACACCAUUGAAGGUGGCGGAUACCCUGUCUUUGUGAAGGGCGUAGAAGGCGUUGUUGGUGCAAUCGUUGUCGUCGGUGUCGGCAUGGACAGUGAGCAGGCGCACGGUGUUGUUGUCAAGGCGAUUGAAGAGUACAAGGACCUCAGAGAAGGCUUCCGGAGUCCAAUGAGGAGCAUGACGGUCAAAUGA